AUGGCUCCUAUGACAAGACCUGCUUUGAGUAGGAACGAGUCGAUGCAAAAGUACAUGUUGCUAUCAGCCCAGAAGGAAGCCCUACAACGGCGAAUGUCUCUUCAAAUCCCUUCCAACGAACCCAUGACGAGUUCCUCGCCAGAAUUCCAGUCCUUGUCGUCGUCACCAACCGAUUCUCUGAAAUUCACUACGCCAUUUCCUGCUUCCGAGCCUGUUCCCAUGAGGAUAGGCAUGUCGUCUCGUCACAGCAUCGACGACAUACAUACCGAAGAGUCCCACAAGCUUUUUGAAAUCAACCAGCAAAUAGUAGCUACUCUGACCGAGUUGCUGAACACCCAAUCUGUUCGCUCCGAUGACAAGCACCGAGCGUGGAUCCAAGAACGGCUCAUGGAGGCCGAGCACCAGAGCCGCCGGCAACGACGUCGCCAUGGAUCCAACAGCGAGAGGGACUUUGCGUCUUCCAUUGCGCAGCACCUGGAGCUCAACCUCCAUACUGCAAAAACUUGGGCUUGA